AUGGCCACCUUCGGACCCCUCACUCCUGCUACGGAAAUUGCUGCUGCAUUUCCAGAUGCCAUCCAUGGCAAAAACAUCAUUAUCACCGGCGUAUCCCCCAACAGCCUAGGCCUGGCAACCGCCUGUGCCUUUGCAUCUCAAUCCCCAGCAAACCUCAUCCUGACCGGCCGAUCCAUCGACAAACUCCAAGCCUCCAUCAACAUUCUCCAAACAUCCCACCCCAACAUCACCUACCACGCCCUAAUCAUGGACCUCGCAUCCCAAUCCUCCGUCCGAGCAGCCGCCACCCAACUCCUGACCAACCCCACCAUCCCCACCAUCGACAUCCUCAUCAACAACGCCGGAGUCAUGGCCAUCCCCACCCUAACCCUCACCGAAGACAACAUCGAAACAACCUUUGCAACAAACCACCUCGGCCACUUCCUCUUCACCAACCUCAUUCUCCCGAAAGUAAUCCUCGCCUCUAAAACCUCAUCCCACCCCCGAAUCAUAAACCUCACCUCCUACGGCCACCAAUUCUCCCCGGUCCGAUUCUCCGACAUCAACUUCAGCAAACUCCCCACCGACCUCCCAGAAAACGAACAACCCGAUUUCACCAAAACCGAAUUCCUCACCGGCAGUACCCAUGCCACCGAUCUCUACUAUGGGUUUUUCUCCUACGCGCAAUCAAAAACAGCCAAUAUUCUGUACUCCAUCUCGCUGAAUCAGAAACUGUACACCAAGUAUGGGAUUACUUCGUAUGCCGUGCAUCCGGGGGCCGUGGAUACGAAUAUUAAUCGACAUGCUACGCCGAGUGAAAUCGAGCAGGCGUUGAAGAGGGUCGAAGAGUUGGGGUUUGAUGCGGUGAGGAAAAGUCCUGAGCAGGGGGCGAAUUCGGGUUGGGGCUGUGGAUAUUGCUGGGGAGGAGGUGAAGGGGUUUAUAUUGUGGAUUGUAAAGUGGAUGAUGAGAAUGUUGCGGAGUUUGCGAGGAAGGUGGUCUUGUCGGAGAGGCUUUGGGGGUUGAGUGAGGAGUUGGUGAAGGAGAGGUUUGAGUUUUAG